AUGCAGCUGCGGCGGCGGCCUCCCCUCAGCGUCCCUGCGUCCCUCGGCGGCCACAAGCCCUUCCCCAGGCCUCCCCAGCUCCCCAAGGCGCCCCCAGCACGCCCCCGGCACCCACGUCACCCUGGGAUCUCCUGCAGCCAGCUCCCUUCUUCACCUGAGGCGCGGCGAGCCCAGAAGGUGUUGAAGCGGGCCUUGAGCAGUGCUGCGGCCACUCCCGCCAGCACGGCCCUCCCCACCACACAGCCUCCCGCAGCACUCCCGCGUGUGUGGUCGUCAGGUGCAACGCUGGAGCGGCCACAGUACUCCAUCCAACUUCCCGGCGGGUUCUGGCAAGACCUGCUGACGCCGCCUCCCGUGUGGACGACUACUGCCGAGAGUAGUGGUGCCGUGGAGGCCCCGAAGCAGGGAAGCAACAUGAGCAGCCGGGACCAGCAGGAGAAGCAUCUCGCCGCAGACACCUCCGUCCAGAAGGUGGAGCGGAAGCUGGAGUGUCAGGUGUGCGGUAAGACCUUCCGCUUCAAGAGCGACCUCACCAGACACUCUGUCACCCACACUGGCGUCAGAGAUUUUGAAUGCACGGUGUGCGGCAAGAAGUUCUCGCAGAAGCCCCACCUCAGCAAACACGUCCUGACACACACCGGUGUCAGGGAUUAUGAGUGCACCGUGUGCGCCAAGAAGUUCAGUGUUAAGUUCGCCCUCAUGCGCCACUCCCUCACCCACACCGGUGUCAGAAACCAUGAAUGUCAAGAGUGUGGGAAAAAGUUUGCUCAAAAGUACCACCUCAAUCAACACAUCCUCACACACACCUAUUAGGAAGCAUGUAUGCAGCGUGAAGAAAUCCCUUAAGAAGUCAUAUUGAGCCUUACACACACGUGCUAGCUAUUACGAAUCCCAAAAGUAAAAAAAAAAUUACAUAGAAUUACGAGGUCACAUGCCACAUCUGACAAUAUGGCUUGAGGGGUGAGUGAGGUCUUGUGGGAGGCAGUUCAGGACGAGGAGUGUUACUGGUCGGGACGGGUCGGUCCUCUCCUACAGCUCAGGUUUUUCUGCUCGGCGUGUUGGUGUUAAACUUUCUGGCUGCAGCAUUCUCGCUUUCCCUUCAUCACCCGCGCCAGUCAGUGCAGUGUGUUGAGGCAUGUUGCUUCAAGGUCAAUCGUGUUCCCUUCUAGAUCACAGCUUGGUCUCCUUGGCCAAACUAACUCCGCAUAGUCUUUAUCUUUUCCUUUACUAGUUUUUUUUCCAUGCUUUUUCCUCAGUUCCUCCCAAGAUAAGAGAGCCAGGCAGUAGUUACAGUCUGUCUCUCCACUGUUACUUAGUGCCACACAGUCAUGAUUGGCUUGGUGCUAAUUGUGUAUUAUUCCAUUUCUGUUCUUCUCAAUGAUGCUUUGGCCUUUUCAGAGCCUCACAGUUCUGCCUUAUACUUCUCCUAGGCACCCAGCAACACUCAAGGGUCACCUGCAGCCCUACAGACUUAUUAGAAGCAUCCAAAAGUCCCUGGAUGAGAUAACAUUGACUUGAUGCCCACUGAAGGUUCUGGGAAGUUGUGGAUUCAUCGUUGUUUGCAUACAUAGGUCAAACUGAACACCAAACAGUUUGAUGCCACAGACUGUUUGCAUUCAUUCAUCUUCACCCAUUGUAGGAAACCCUUUCCCAACGUUCUCCAUCUCUAAUCUGAUGUUGGUGUACUCCACCCAACCCUGCCUGCCCGGCCUCCUAAAGUUUGAGUCAUUACUCUUAGACUAAUUGUCCGUCACUAGUUCAUCACAUGGUGUGAUCUUCCAUAGCCCAUUUCUUAUUCUUCAUUGUCCUUAGAAUCAUAGCUGGGCGUUAUCGCGAUAAGUUAUCGCGAUACUUUAUCGCUGAUAACAAAAUCGGGUUAUCGGCCAUCCGCUGCUUAUUUAAAUAUAUAUCGGUAUCUUCGUUACUUUUGUAAGCAAACUAGCGAUAAUCGCUACUUUUUUCCGCCUCAGAAAAAAAAACGUUGUCUCCCUACUGCGCAUGCGUGGCCCGGUGUUGUAUGAAAAAACUUUGGGGCAUGAAAUAUCUUCGGUGAAGAGAUUUCAUACUUAGAUCAUCAAAAUUAAAACACUAGGUUAUUUUUUUUAUGUUACUCAAAAAUCAAUAUAUCAGAGAAAAAUCAUUUAACUUUGCCCCCAAAAUGAUUAUUCAUUGCUUCAAAUUUGAUAUUCCAUAUUCAUUUGUGAGCAUGCCAUGGUAUUGAAGGCACCCGGUGUUGUAUUAUUUGGUGUCCCAUCGUCAAAAGCUGGCGCUUUUGUUUACAAACACUGGUCUCUCAUGAACUGCGCAUGCUCAUACCAGUAAGUGUAGACCUGUACAGUCUCACAAAGCUUUUUAACACAUUAAGAGUUGCUGGAAAGCUGAAUCAAACAUAGAGUACCACCAUCCUCACUGUUUCUAGAACAACACUCUGUACAUAUAAAUACAACUCGUACAGAGUGUCGUUUUAGAAACAGCAAUGAUGGUGGUAGUGGUACUGUAUAUCUGAUUCAGCCUUCCAGCAACUCUUAAUUACGGUUAAAAAACUUUGUGAGACUGUACAGGUCUACGCUUGCUGGUCUGAGCAUGCACAGUUCACGAGAGACCAGUGUUUGUAAAUAAACACGCCAGCUUUUGACGGUGGGGAUGCUAAAUAACAAAAUACCGGUUCAGGUUUUGUAAGUUUUCUAAAAUACGGAUAAUGAAAAUUUGAAUUCAUCUAUGUUUUUUAUAUUUGAAAUAUCAAUAUAGUAUCGUUUUCACCUAUCGGACUUAUCACUAGCUAGUAUCGGAAUUGUGGAUUUAUAUCGGGUAUCGGUUAUCGCCUAUAUUUGUGUCUCCAGUUAACGAAUAUCGGUCAUCACCAUUUAAGGUUUUUCGUUAUCGGUUACUGGGAAUAAGGUUUUCUGUUAUCGUGCCCAGCUAUGCUUAGAAUGCCUUCAACCUUUGUUGUUCUCCAGUUCAAUGAUGCACAAAAUGAAUGAGUCCCUUUAGGGUGUUCAGUUUGUUGAACUUAUAGAUAUGCAGAAUAUACUCACCAGGAAUCAUCACAGAAAUCCUUGGCACUGCACAAGGAGCAGGCCAACACUGCCUCAUUCAGGGACUUUAAUGCCAAGAAUUUGAUGACAAUUUAAUAACUAAUUUUUUGCCAGUUUUAAGAUUUCCUGAGGGCCAUUUCCAACCUUUUGGAAUGUUAUGUUAAGAGCCUUUCCCAAGAGGGAACCUUUACCUUCCCCUAACUGACUACCGUCCUGUUGACUCUUCUGAUUGUGUGCACGUCCACCAAGCCCCAUUGUUGGCCCUCUGGUGACCCUCUCCUGCAGCGGUGUUCCUGCCAGGCUGACCCAUCCUUCCUCUUGACUCGGUAUGGUAUUGUGGCCUGGUGGGGACUCCCUGCUCCUACCCUCUAAAGCUACAUUAGCACCUGCAGGUUGACUUGGCUUCCCUCUUCUCCUUUGUCUUAGUGGCUACACUCCCUUCCCUCCCCUCAGCCAUAUUCUUUGUCUAGAGUGAGAGAGAAGUGCUCUUCUCUGUACUGGUUAGUUGUACAUGGACUUACUACAGCAAGCCAUCAAGAGACAACUUGGCCUGCAUUAUAAAGGUUUCUUGGACAAAAACUUGGCCUAAGGCUGGAAAAAUACAUUUAGGGGCAGUGUUCAAGAUUAUAUUUUUGUCUGGAUGGUUAGGCCCGAGUGUUCCUGUGAAGGCUGAGGCUAUUAAUCUUGCCCUGCCACAAAGUUGACCAACCAACGCUGACGCCAGCAAGGAACGUUUUCACCAACACAGGGACGUCCUUCAUGUACUAAUGAACUUUCCAAGAAGCCCCAGAAAGGUAGUGUUACAUGUAUAGACUAGACUUGUAGAGGGGAACUGAGCCCACAUCUGAGCUACUUUUGGAAAAUGUAGUGAUGCUUUGGAAGCAGCAGAGCUACCCGCUGGUGCAUCACCAAAACUGGGUGCUUUCUCUUGACUCUCUCAUCCAAUGAUUGCGUCAAGGCCACCCAAGAAAUAUUGAAGCAGUAUAUGAUAGUGUUCAAAGAGUCUGGCCUGGGUGAGCCGGCCACUUCCUUGAAACCUUUAUGAAUAUAGGCAGUUGUCGCCAAGCAGGGCGUGGCCCCUCACCUCCCUCCCCUGACUGCAGCAUCUAACUCUCCACCCCCACCCUUGUUGGAGGUGGUGUUGUAUAGUAUUUGUCGAGUCUGACGUUGUAUUGAAAUAGUAUUGAAUAAUCCUCCACCUUCCUGCACCUCUCUCUGGGUCUGGAUCAGUAUCUCCACAAACUCUCCCAUCAUCCGUUCUUGACCUUCACACAGAGAACAGACAGACAUUCACACUGAGAUAAUCCUUGUACAUGAGGCAGACCAUGUGGUCAGUGAAUCGUAAGACGUUUUAAGUUAUCAAGAGACCCAUUACUGUUGUUACUUACCCCCGAGAAACAGAUCAAGUCAGGUAGUUAUAGCAGGGAGUGAUUAUUUACUCCUAAAAUUUACUGUACAAAAACAUCCACUCAUAAAUCACCGCAGCCAAACUAUGUGGUCCAGACGGCCUGUUAGCUAGCGAUGAGGUGUGAGGGGCCGGCUGCCUCACUCCCCUAACUCCAGUCACCACAACAGAAAAAAACAGCAACCAUUUCAACUUAUUUUUAUGGCCAGGGGAAAGUUGCAAAAAGUGAUCAGUUUUGGUUAUAAAAAGGCUGCUUCAAGACCAUCAGAAGAGAUGUCGGUCCACUAUUCAGCUCAGUGGGAAGAUAAUUGACGGAUCUUAUGUAUAACUAGAUAUACAACAGCAUGUAUUGGGGGUGAUGUGUCAGUGCUGGGGAGAGGCGUGAGCCCCAACCAAACGGACUUCAUAUUUGAGUGCCUAUAGUGAGUGGGGAAGAUGUAUGUUGCAGCCAUACACAUGAUUUGCGUCUUUUGCAUCUUUAUGACGUCGUGGCAGGUAAAUAGUUGCAUGGUAAAUCUUGAUGCACAGAUUUUGGCGCAAAUGAUCCUCAUAGACCGCGAGGUUCUUCUCCAAAGUUUCAUUCUGUCACAGAAAGUUGCUUUGCUUCCACUGUAAUUCUUAAUUUCAUGCUGUAAUGCAUUCACUUGUUAAAGGGAUUAUAUUGAAAAUAUCCCAGCACUAGAAAGCGAAAGUCAUUCUACUAAAAGAAAUGCAAAUCAGAUAAUUGAAACAGUAAUGACCAGUUUUAUGGAGAGAAAUAGUAGUAUUAAUAAGCAUAUGAUUCUCAGAACAUUUCACAUACCUUGGUAGUGUAGUUCAGAACAAAGGUGAGCUUUGCCAGGAAGUUCUAUAGUGGACUGGCCUGGCCCACGGUGUUAUGGACUCACUCAGCACGAGUGUAUGGCAUUGUCGAUACCUGUGUAGGACAAAGAUCUGAAUCUUCAAGUCCUGACUUGUGCUCCCUGUCCUACUGUAUGGCAGUGAGACAUGGACACUAAAUGGGGACUUGGAGAGGCAGAUUGAUACCUUUGGUAAUAAGUGUCUACGCAGAAUCAUGGGAUAUCGCUGGAAUGACUGUGUCAGACUGGCAACUACUCCGUGAGACUGAUUCGACAUAUAUUACCUGCAUAGUCCGUCAACACUACCCAGAAGCAGACCUGCUCAUCAGGUUGUCUUUGUAAGGGACAACCCUGAGUGGAGGAGGCCAAGGGUAUGCCCACAGAGUUUGUAGCUUGAGCAAGUUGAUAGAUCCUGCCAGGAGGUACUCAGGAUGGGAAGGGGGCCUGCAGGGAUACUUGCCUGGAGGGACCCCCGGACUUGUUGUUGUAGGGUGAGUGAGGUGAUGUGCCCCCUUGCAUAUGCCCCCAUUGACUGAUGUGAUUCAGUGCAUCAUGAGGCACUCUGAGAUCUCAUUCUUGCACAAACCGUUGUUCUAUAGACUGGCUUGUACUCAGGGACAAGAGUGAAGCUGUUAAGUGUUGGUGGGGACAUGUCCUGCUUCUUCCAUGUGAACACAGGAAGGAGGGAAGCAGGGCUGUGUCCUUGCCCCAUCACUUUUCAACACUUGUAUUGACUGGGUACUAAGUAGAGUUGUGGACCAUUGUCAUUGUGGAGCAUCUGUUGGGAAUACCUUGUUUUUGCCAGUGAUACAGUAAUCCUUUGUCACUGGAGGUUCUGGUGAUGGCUCUCAAGGCAUUGGGACUCUAGGUCAGGAUGGGAAUGGGCCCUGCAUGGAGACCUGCUCCUAAGAACCCCCGGGCUUGGCGAUAGGACACAGACCCCCACUGAUUGCUACUGAAGGGAUUGAGGAUGACACCUGAGUUAACUUGCUGUUGUAGAGCAAGGAGUCGGUAAUAUCUUCACAAAGAACAGCGCUCUUGUGGUUACGGCCGGAGACAGCGUUGUAAGGUGGCUGGCGGCUCACAAUAGCACCGCGUAGUCAACAGUCCGUUCACUCCCCAUAGUCUUGGCUGCGUCAGUUUGUCUUAGCAUAAUAAUAUGAAAAACAAUGGUUUAUCUAUUCUAGGGCUGAGGUGAAUUAGCUUAUCUCAUUCAGGGCAGACAGUCGGCGGUGACUGGCGCCGGCCGCCGGCUGGUGUUGCCAGUUGCCGCCGCCACUCAGUAACAGUAGCAUUCGGCUCACCUCAGACGUAGGGAGUGUUACUGUAUAUAUACGUAUCAUUGUCAUGUAUUUUUCACGUUUUUUCUUUAAUAAAAAGACUCUGUA